AUGGGGAAGGCCGAAACGAACACGAAAACGUCUGAGAGACCACGACCGUUCGCUUCUUGCCUGUCAGAUGCUAAAUUUCUGCCUCUUGAUCUGCCAGAGUUAAGCGGAGGUCUCCAGCCCCUUUUCGAGCACUAUGGCAUUCCACCGGACUUCAUUGUUGAGCGCCUACACGAAGUUACUCAAAGCAGUGGCUCAUAUGUAUCGCCCGAGGGCAGCUAUGUAUCUUGGAUCCAUACCCUCUGCAGAUCUAUCCCCAGCGGACUUAAAUGGGUUAGAAGAAUGCCUGAUUCUCCAUCUGCAGUUCCACAGAGUCUCCUUGGUGACCAAUCCUCAAGGCUCUCGUGGCUGCGUAGUGCCUACGUUUUACGUUGGGAUCCGGCUCCUAGAAACGCACCUCGAGAGCCCGAAAUUGAAAAUCGCGCUUCUUCUGCUUCUUCUUCUUCUUCCUCCUCCGGAUCCGUGACAUUGAUAUGUUUCGGUGCACCGUUUACGGUCAUGGAGCGUUUCCGGAAACAAGCCGCUAGUGAUACUUGGACUCAAGCGGUUGAGCAUCCUUUCCAAAUAUGGCUGAUUGUCCUAGACGAAUUAUACAGGCAAAUGGAUGCGCAAGCAUGGAACCUGGCAGAUAGAUUUAGGGGAGUUGAAGAGGGUAUUCUAAAUUCGGCCAAAAGCACGGCAUGGACUAGACGACGGCUGCAUGAUGAUAGCACGUUCGACUUUGUGAGCCUUCAUAAUUUGGCCAAGUAUUGCAUGUACCUCAGUGAAAGUUUUGAUGCCAUGGACCUUACACAUGCAGAUCUUGCGCUGCAGCACGAGCAAUAUUUUGACCAUCUUCAAGCUCCACAGGCGCCCAAACUUGGUCGUCAAGAUUAUCAUACGGACGGCCAGCAAUGCUGGACCACAAAGAACAAGCUGAGACAUAACCGGGGGCUAUUCAAGUCAACCCGGUUAAGAGUUGCAAGUCUGGAAAAGAGGAUAAACAACUCUAUAAAUCUAUCGUUCAACUUGGUCAUUCAGCGCGAUAGCAAGCUCAUGCUUCAGGAUAGCCUGAGAAUGGAUAUUUUGGCAACCGUAACCCUAAUUUUCUUGCCGGUUGCAACAGUUGGUGUAUGA